AUGGAACAACGUAAUAUUGAACAGCGGUACGCGAUUAAAUUUUGCGUUAAACUCGGCGAUUCCGUUAUAGAAAUGUACGAUAAAGCCCUGAGUCGUGCUCAGGUGUUUCGAUGGUAUAAAAUUUUAAAAAUGGUCGUGAAAGCGUCGGGGAUGAACCGCGAAGUGGGAGACCAGUUGAAGCUCGAACUGACAACAAUGUUCAGCGUGUGCGCACUCUCGUGCAUCAAGAUCGGCGUUUAA